AUGUCGAGUGUUCGAGUAUUUCGUUCUCUGGCGCGACCGGCUCGCCAGCUCCGGCCGGUAGCCGUCCCCGCCCUCCAAUCUCGACGUCAUUCCUCCAAACAUCCCAAGGGGUUUGAGGCGCCGUCACAAGCCGACCUUUCCGAGUUGCGCGAGCGCGUGCAGGAGUUCACGAGGCGCGAGAUCACGGAGGAGGUCGCCGCGAACACGGACAAGAGUAAUGCCUUCCCCAACGAGAUGUGGCAGAAGCUCGGCGACGCUGGCUUCCUGGGCAUGACGGCUGACGAGGACGUCGGUGGUCUGGCCAUGGGUUACCAGGCGCACUGCAUCGUCAUGGAGGAGAUCUCGAGAGCAUCCGGCUCAAUUGGUCUCAGCUAUGCCGCGCACUCCCAGCUUUGCGUCAACCAGCUCCAAUUGAACGGAUCUCCGGAGCAGAAGCAGAAGUACCUCCCGGGCCUGAUUGCGGGCACGAGUAUUGGCGCCCUGGCGAUGUCAGAGUCUGGGGCCGGCAGCGAUGUUGUCAGCAUGAGGACAACGGCGACGGCUGUUGACGGCGGCUACGUUCUGAACGGCUCCAAGAUGUGGAUCACCAACGGCCCCGAUGCGGAUCUCAUCGUCGUCUACGCCAAGACGGAGCCCGAGAAGGCCUCCAAGGGAAUGACUGCGUUUUUGGUCGACACCAAGACCAAGGGCUUUAGCUGCGCGAGGAAGCUGGACAAGAUGGGCAUGCGGGGAAGCAACACCGGCGAGCUCAACUUCGACAACGUCUUUGUACCCACCGAAAACAUCCUCGGAAAGCUCAACGGGGGUGUGCGGGUCCUGAUGGAGGGCCUGGACCUUGAGCGUCUCGUUCUCAGUGCUGGUCCCCUGGGUAUCAUGCAAGCUGCACUUGACGUGGCCCUCCCCUUCUCCCACCAGAGGAAGCAAUUUGGUAUUCCUAUUGCCCAAAAUCAGUUCAUUCAGGGCAAGCUGGCCGACAUGUACACGAAGCUGCAAGCUUCUCGGGCAUACACCUACGCUACCGCCAAGGCCGUUGACGAAAACGGUUUGAUCAAGACUCAAGACUGCGCCGGUGCCAUUUUAUACGCUGCUGAACGGGCGACUGAGUGCGCGUUGGAUAGCAUUCAGCUUCUCGGAGGUAUGGGUUACGUAGAGGAGAUGCCCGCAUCGAGACUAUUGAGAGAUGCUAAACUGUAUGAAAUCGGGGCUGGUACUUCCGAAAUCAGGAGAAUGGUGAUUGGAAGGGCUUUCAAUAAGGAAUACGCCCAUCUCGCAUGA